AUGAUGCUGCCGGUCUCCAGGUUUAAAGGUCAGCCAGUUGGCAUGGUAACCACCUCAACACCCUGGCUGUCCUUCAGCAGUGACCCCGCCCCCCACUGGCUGUGGUUGUCCAGCUGGUCAGCAGCAACGUACCAGACCACGCCCCCUCUGGUAUUCUACCCCCCAGCUGUGUGGAUACCUGAACACACACACCUUCUACAGUGGGAACGUCCGGCUGUUGAAGUGGUUCCUCUUGUCCCUCCAUUUUAUGGCUCUCCACAUCUUCAUCCUCCUCAUCCUCUCCCCAAGCUAGCUGAAGGCUGGGUCUCACCAGACGAAGUGGGCGUGUUCCAGAGGAGAGACAAACCCCUCCUCCUGACCAAUCACAUCAUGCAGAGGCCAGUAAGACAUGCCCCCAGGACACGACUGCUGCUGUCUCCCUCUCGAAUCUCAGGUUCUAUUAGAAGAGAACACACAACAAAGACAAGAGACGCUGAGAGAGAUGACACCUCCUCCUCCUCCUGCUCCUCCUCCUCUUCCUCCUUAUCGCCCCUGCAACUCCUCUCUGUGUCUCCUCUCCAACUGCCUCUCCUCACUGCUCCUCCUCCAUCAGUGGGGGGGACUUACAUUGAAUGGGCAGGACUUCACAUACAAAAAGAAAAGGAGGUGUGGCCUAUUAUUCUGACCAAUCAACGACAUAGGGGGGCAUGGGCGCGACCAAUCAUCAGUUUGGAAAGACGACAGUCUCCAACAACAGAGCAUUGUGUCUUUGGACCUGUCUCUCCUGCUCAGCUCUGCAUUAAUAGGUGGCCUGUGUUACCUUUUCAGGUGCUGAAUGAAGUCCAUCCUUCAUUCUUCUCUUCACGGUUUUCUUCCAGAUUCACUCUGCUGACAAACCUCAGACACAAGAAGCGAGGGAUGAGUGGAGGUAAAGUUUCUUAUGGAGGAGCGCUGCUGCUGAGGACGGAGAGAGCGAUGGAUGACAACAAGCAGGAGGAGGAGGAAAAGGAGGGAAGUGAAGAAGGAAGAAAAGAAAAACUUCCUGUCGCCUCCACACCUGUCCCAGGGUCACCAUGGUGUGUGGUGUGGACCGGAGACGACCGGGUCUUCUUCUUCAAUCCCACAAUUCACCUGUCUGUCUGGGAAAAACCGGGGGAGCUGAUUGGUCGAGACAUCAGCAGCAUCAUCGAAGAUCCACCUCACAAGAGGAAGAAGACAACACCUGCCGACAGCAGCUCCAGCUGUCAGUCACCUGGUUUUCAUGGAAACGAUGAAGAUAAUGAUCAUGAACACAUCUCCAAGAGGAACAGAAUAGAGGAGCCCAUGUCUCUCAUCCCUCGCCCAGGAGAAGUUAAGCUCCUCCCUUUGGAGCUUCGUAUUGUUCACUUCAGGGAGAUGAUGCUGGAGAGAGGGGUGUCGGCGUUCUCAACCUGGGAGAAAGAGCUCCAUAAGAUGGUGUUUGACCCUCGAUACCUGCUGCUAACCUCAGAUCAGAGGAAACAGGUGUUUGAUCAGUUUGUGAAGAGCAGGGUGAAGGACGAGUACAAAGAGAAGAAGGGUAAACUUCAGAAAGCCAGAGAGGAGUUCAAACAGCUGCUGGAAGAGGCCAAGAUCACCAGCAGAUCGACCUUUAAAGAGUUCUGUGCUCGUUACCGUGGUGACCAGCGGUUUGAUGCCCUCAAUAGGAAGAAGGAACAGGAAGUACUCUUUCAUCACUACAUCACAUCCUUAAAGAAACGAGACAAAGAGAACCGAGCCAGACUAAGGAAGAUGAGAUGAGAACACUGUUCUACAAACUAUCUCAGAACCCUACAGAACCAUCUAGAACCUUUGUAGAACCCAUUCAGGACCUUCCAACACCUUUCAGGACCUUCCAACACCUUCCAGAUCUUAAAAAGAAAAUAAACUCUCUUAUUCGACCAUGAUGAGCAGAACCUGUGCUGGU